AUGCCUUUCCAAGCAUCGAUCGCGCAGUCACUACCCUAUACAACAGCGGCGUCAGAGUUUCUGUACGGAUUCUCGAGCGUCUUAGCCGCCAUCAAGGCGGGCCGACGGAAAUUAUACAAGCUAUACCUCCACAAUCGGGGCUUGAGCCAUGCUGGGAAAGACGCUGUUGUCGCGCGAGCCAAGGCUGCACGAGUCAAUAUACAGGAAGUUGGAGAUGAGUAUUUGAGAGCUAUGGACAAGACCAGCAGUGGAAGACCGCAUAAUGGCUUCAUCCUAGAAGCGUCCCCUCUUCCGGUGCCGCCUAUAAUUGAGUUACGAUCCUCCUCCGUGCCACACGCAACUUUCGAGGUCAGCCUCGACGCGCAGACCAGGGAGGAGGCCCAAGUGAAUGGUACACAGGAAGAGUACACAUACACUUCAGCAGGCUGGAGGCACCCGCUGGUGCUCUGCGUUGAUGGAGUCCUUGACGAGGGAAAUCUAGGAGCAAUCGCCCGCUCUGCCUAUUUCCUCGGCGUGGACGCCAUCGUCACACCCACCAGACAAAGCGCGCCGUGGAGCCAUAUCACGCUGAAGGCGUCAGCUGGUGCAGCAGAAGCCAUACCUAUUUUCAAAACAAACCAGUCGUCCGAAUUUCUCGGCAGAAGCGCGCGAAAAGGAUGGAGGAUAUACGCCAGCGAUGCCAUCCCUCCAGCGGAACAGCCGGCUCUGUCCGCCGGCUCGUCUUCGAACCAGCAGCCUCUAGCCAAUUUCGCUAGUAGUAUCAUAUACACCUAUGCUCGGAGCGCGAAACGUCUUCCCACGGACCACUGUCCUGUGGAUAAUCAUCCGACCAUCCUCAUGAUGGGCGCCGAAGGAAGUGGACUCCGGACCAGUCUGCUCAACCAAGCGCACUACAAAGUCGGUAUUCGACACGGGCGAGACGUUGACGAGGUGGGCGUCGACAGUUUGAACGUAAGCGUCGCGGCAUCCCUGCUCUGCUACCAAAUGCUCCAGAAGCCGAAGCCAGUGCGAAGAAGUGGAGACUUCCUCUUCUGA